CUUCAUCCGGGUAUUUUUUGUAAUCAUUACGUCAGCAGCGCUAGGUCAUCGUUAUCCCAUAAUACUGCAGUCAUGGCGCAGCCAGCAACAAGUGACUCGAGUCCUGAAACUGAUCGUGAUUUUGAUGUAACAGCGGAGAUGAUGGUUCACGACUAUGAUGAUGAACAAACAAUGGAAGAAGAAGAGCAAAAUGAGAGUGGAGAAAGUUUCAGCAAUAAUGAACUGGAUGAACUAGCUCAGGAUGCAGAAAUUCCAAUGGAAGACCUUUUAGCCAUGUACCUCCCUCCCGAAGGGGGAAACCCUGCAGAAGAUGAAGAAGAGGAGGAAGAGGAAGAAGAGGAGGAGGAAGAACUAACAAACGGAGAAGAAGAGCUCACUAAUGGAGAGACAGAAGAAUCCCUUCCAAACGAUGUAUAUUCAGAGUCCAGAGAAUCAACCAACACCAGGGAUAGCACCCAAAGAUUACUAAGAUCCAGUACAAAUGCUGAUGAUGAAUCAGAAUCAGGUUCAGAAGACUCUGACUAUGUACCAGUAGAUGACUGGAAAAAGUGUAUAAAUGUAGGUUCUGACUUCCAAGCCGUAGUGCCUGAAGGCCUUAGUCAUUAUGAUGAUGCACCAGUAUAUGAGAAUGAAGAUAGGCUAUUAUGGGAUCCGUACAAGCUGCAGGCAGCUGAUACAGAGCGCUUUCUAGCCCAAGUUCAUCAACCUGUAGCAGGCAUGCAAGGCAUUAGGGCAUUGCCAUCUGGGUGUCACAUCAGAGAUGAUGAAAGGACCCUUUUCAUCCUCCUACAAUGUGGGCACAAUGUAGAGGAAGCAUUGAGGCGGCAUCGGAUGCAGAUGGCACCACCAGCAGAUGAGAUGAGCCUCUGGUCAGAGGAGGAGUGUAGAAACUUUGAGAGUGGUCUCAGAACGUAUGGCAAGAACUUCCAUCUAAUCCAUCAACACAAGGUGAGGACGAGAUCUGUUGGUGAGUUGGUCCAAUUUUACUACCUCUGGAAGAAAACGGCACGUCACGACAUGUUUGCAAAUCAAAGCAGACUAGCGAAGAAGAAAUAUCACCUUCAUCCAGGAAUCACGGACUACAUGGACCGGUUCCUGGAUGAUAUCGACAACAGUAUGAGUCCUCCACCUGCCCAGUCUCUCCUGGACAAGACAAGGAUGAAUAAACCACCCAAUCAAGUCACCAUGAUGGCUCUCAAUGGAGUGCCAGACCUUCAGAACUGUUCUGCAGCAAUCGGUGGCCUUGCUAGUGGUGACCUCCCUCACGAAGCUUCAGCCUCAGGAACGUUAGGAACCUCCUACAGCUCUCUUCCUUAUGCAAGCACCCGUUCCAUGCCCAUAACCUCGGAAGACGGUGUACCUCCCGCUAAGAAACAGCGACUAAAAGACAAUGACCUCUCCGUCCUGGAGAACCUGAACAAUUUCCUAGAUAGCAAUGGAGGAAUGAACAUCACAAACUCUGCUGCAGAGCUUCUUGCUCCCAUUGAUGUGCCCCCUGCAGCCAAACCCUCCCUGGCGCACAAUUUACAGAACUUGGAUCCUAGUGCAAAGGGCUUACUGCCUUCACAGAGUGUGGUUACUAUUGGAAGUGGGUUCAAAGCAACGGAAGGGAUGUCAAGAGAAAAGUAUAGUUCAGUCGUCAGCCAAUGAUGGACACGCGUUAUGUGCUGCAGUAUUCUGUGUUAAUAUGUAAAUAAGCCAGAGAGAUGCAAGAUAGAGUUUAUGUGAUCCAUCUUUUUGUACCACCUGGUUGUAUCUUUGUAAAAAAUAAGAUAAGUAAAAAAAAAAUUAUGGUAGAAGAAAGGACGUGAUCUUGUUUGCGGAGUUGGUGUGAAGUUUGUUUGAAGUGACGGGAUACCACUACAAACAGAUUAGCUCAACGUGAGGAAUUGUAAUUCUUUGCCAUUAUCGCAAUCCUCUAUUUCUUCCUCACUUUCCUGUCAUGAAAUUUUACCAUUACUGUGAAUCUUAAGACUAUAUUCCUCCCUGUUCUCUUAAAUCUUUUAUUUCCCCCCAAUAAAGAUGUUCUAAAAUAUAAAUAUAUAUCAUGUUCUCAGGUGAAGAGAGGUAUGAAAAUAGAAAGUUAAUGAAAAGGAAGGACUUUAUCACAAAGUUUACCGUGAAGGCAUUGCGUGAUGAUUCAUUUUUUUGGAGUUGUGUGCAAUGAUACAUAUUGGUAGCAUCAUAUUUUUCUGUUCGUUCUUUGUAUAUGUAACCGACCAUUCCUUUUUUAAUAUAGAAAUCCAUAUCUUAUGUCAUUUUUACAGACACGAAUGCUUCAUUUUUCCCUCCUAAGAUACAUCUAUGUAGAUACAAAAAAAUUCCUAUAGGCCUUGCCUGUGAUCGUACAUGUCAUCAUCUCAUGUAAGUGUGCACAUAACCAAAUACAUUUCAUUUGUAAGCCAUCCCAGAUGAGUUUUCAUAAAUCAGAUUAAAUUUGGUUGUGUAAGAAACCAACCAGAAGACUGACAGCUUUCAGUCCUCUGUGAGGGACUGGUCGGUGAUAAAUGUUUUACUAAAAUGCACCCGAGUGUGCACUUGGUUUUCAAGUUGCUACUUUCAAGUUUUAUCUAUUGCUUUUUAUAAUCUUACAUGCUUCCAUUAGGUUUCAUUAAAAAGGAAUUUGCUUAAAAGAAGAUAAAGCUCAGAUGCAUAUCAACUGUAAUAGUGACUGGGCAUCAUUAUUUUAUGGUUAUCUUUAUCUCAGCCAUAAUAAUAUAGAGGCUGAGGAGAAAUAGAAUGAUGAAUCGAUUUAUUUUAUGUCGUUUAGUAGGUCAUUUGAAUAUAUUCGAUCUAGAUUAGCCAUUAUUGUAGUCAAGUUAUGGCUGCAAUGAAGUAGAGUAGCCAUUGAGCAUUUGGGCUUGAACCAAAUUUUCUUACUCUGCACAACCGCCCAGAUAUUUAUUGUAAUCUCUAGUUUUUUAUGGCAACUAUUUGAGGCACAAUGUCACACAUUUUCUCCACGGGCCCUUUUCAGUCCCGGUGCUGCUGAAACUCUCAGUUGUACCACUGCCUGGGUGAAGCAUGCCAAACAUAGAUAUAUGUCUUUUGAAAGAAUAGGAGGACUAUGAAGAAAUCCAACCAUUUAUUGUGUGUCUUCUUGACCAGACACUUCCAGCUUUGGAUUUUACACUGCCAGUUGAUUGGUUGUGGUGGUGGGGGGGGGAUAUUUCACUAAGAGUUGGGUCUAACUAAUUUCUGCUUUUGUGCCAACACACACAUGUUAUUUAAAGCUUAAUCUCAUUAAUAGAUCUUGGGUAGAUUGUGUCUCAUGAUCUGACCAAUACCUUGAUGCUUAUACCACAGGCAGGGCUCGACAUUGGCAGUGGCCAGGUGGCCCGGGGCAACAAAAAAUGAGAGUCGGAACACCAAAAUUCUGUAAAUGCCAACACCUGGGGGCCCUGUUGGGCUACCAAAGUUUUGAUAAAUUCUAAUGUUUUCUAUUGUGUUAGGGCCACUAGAAUUGCUUUGCGAGCCACCAAAAAUAUGAAAUUGAUGAUUUUGGUGAACCAAUCGGGCCACCAA